AGAAGUCUGUGAAAAUCAAACCAUACAAAAUCCAAAUCGGUUGUUGAAAGCUGCUGUCUUGAUUUCCAGAACAAUGGCUGUUAAUCCGUCUACUCGCUGUACGCCUUCGGUGAUCCGAUACCCAUCUCGCCGUUCGCUGCUCGCUCUCUGCAAACAGACUUCCUCGCGACCCGUUUCCUUCAGCGGAGCUAGGAGCGCGAGGAUCAUCUCGGUUCAAGCCCAGAAAUCUGGGUCAGACGGGGUUGGACCCAAGAGGUCGAUUAACAUCGCCGAGACGGAAGUUCCGGUGGGCUCUUCUAGUGCCUCGGCUAUUGAUUUUCUCACCUUGUGUCAUCGUCUCAAGACCACAAAAAGGAAGGGAUGGAUCAAUCAUGGGAUAAAGGGUCCUGAAUCAAUUGCUGACCAUAUGUACCGCAUGGCUUUGAUGGCUCUGAUUGCUGGUGACCUUCCUGGCGUGAACAGAGAAAGGUGUAUCAAGAUAGCAAUUGUUCAUGAUAUUGCGGAAGCUAUUGUUGGAGAUAUAACACCAUCAGAUGGUGUGCCUAAAGAAGAAAAAAGUAGACGGGAGCAAGCAGCUUUAAAUGAGAUGUGCAAAGUUCUGGGUGGAGGGAUGAGAGCUGAAGAGAUCCAGGAACUCUGGGCAGAGUAUGAAAAUAACGCUUCACUGGAGGCUAAUCUUGUGAAAGAUUUUGACAAGGUUGAAAUGAUUCUGCAGGCACUGGAAUAUGAAAUGGAACAUGGGAAGGUGCUGGAUGAGUUUUUUCUUUCAACAGCAGGGAAAUUUCAGACAGAAAUUGGUAAGAGUUGGGCAGCUGAGAUAAAUUCAAGGAGAAAAGCUGGAUUGGAAAACAACUCCAAUUAAUAUCCUGGAUCAGCUCCCAUUUUUGCUUUCAAUUUUUUUGUGCCGGAGCCAACCUUUUUCUGAAUGGAAAAGGGUAUGGAGCAAAACUUCACUUUGUUACACUACAUCCUCCUCAAUCACCAUCUCCUUUAGUCCUCAAGAAUGAUCACCGUUUUCUUGUCAGUGAAAGCAACAAAAAGGAUCCAUCAUUGACAAACUAAAUGGCAUGACAGUCACCCCUGGAAAUCCAGCAUAACAGAUCUCAUGCUUUAGCGCAAUCUUCUUUAUAGGUGCCUUUUGCCUUGCAUUUUUGUAGCUAUAGUAUUAGGAGUGUUUAUCCUAACAUACUGAAGUUAUCAAACAUUUUAAUAUUAGACCCAGGAACCACUAAUCUAUCAUAAAUCUACUUUAUUCAAUUUUCAUCAUCCUUUCUGUAUGUUUCUGUAUGAAAGGUAAGUCCAUGUGGUAGUUGCUUGGACGAGGGAUGAUAUUUUACUUUGAUGCUGUUAAUGAACUAAACAGAAUAAUAUAAAAUUUCAAUGGUU